AAAGGAAAAAUAAGGGUUUUAGCCUCUGAGGCCGUCUCUGUGUCAUCGUGUCGUCGGGUAAUGGCCACGCUCUGUUCUUUUCCUUCUCAGACAACAGACCCACUUGCUUCUUCUUCUUCAUCCACUCGGUGAUUCCCAAAAUCUUCGCUGUAAAACCUAAUUUAUCUCACAUUCUACCGCCCAGAACCCGUCCUUAUUAUAGCGGCAAAAAGUUCACACCUUUCAAGCUGGGUAGAGUAGCUUCGCUUAUGGCCAUGGGGGUUUCUCUUACCUCCCACAAUAACCCUCUUCGGCACUUUUCUCCUUCUUCUUCUUCCUGGGUCUCGCGUUCUUAUCGCUUAUCUUCUUCUGUUGUCCCUUCGUUUCUUCUGCCUCGCCGUAGAGCCCUUCCAAGGAAAGCAACUUUCACAAAGAGAAAUGUUUCCUACUCAACGGUUACAGUUUGUGGUAGUUCCCAUGGGUUUCAGCACUCGGGUCAUCAGCGGUCCUCUUCUGUAAAUUUUAAUGGAGAGUGGAAGCUUCGUUCGGGGGCUAACAUGGCAAGGAUGGUUCCACCAUUUAUGGUAGGCAACCAGCAGGAAGUAGGUGAAGGUGCGAAACAAGUUUCUGGGGGUCUAAGCGCUUGGAGGAAGGAAGCAAACAAGUAUAGAGAAAGAAAUGGAGAAUAUACUGUAGCCAACAACAUGGCGUUUCAGGACGAAGGCUAUUAUUUCAAAGGGUUUGUCGCAAAAAUAGAUGAUGUUCCAUCAUACGAUGGAAAAUCCGGGGAGUUUGGUUAUGAACUCAGUUGCAGAGGUAAUGUUACGACAUUAGACAGAGAAAUGAAUGGUGUUAAGCAGCAGAGGAUUUCUUCGGGAUCUGUCAUAAAUGUCCGUCCUCCUGGUCAAUUGCCAAGAAAAAAUUUUGAGAUCAGGGCAGAUACAGAUGUCAAACUUAAAGUAGAUAAGGAUGUCCGUAACAGACAAGGAUUUGUUAAUGCUGACAAGCCCGCUGGUAGUGCCAUUGACGAGAAUAAAUCCGCUGCUCCCAAAGUGGAAAGAUGUGUUGAUCAGUUUGAGGCUCGUGCAAAGCUGAGGAAAAUAUAUGAUAGAGUUCUUGUCGUUGAUAACGUGCCCACUGCAAAGAGUGUUGUGGCAAAGCUCAUGAAUCAGUAUCGGAAUUUUGUCCAUGCUUGUGAUACAGAGGUUGAUGGGAUUGACGUGAAGGAUGAAACGCCCGUUGAUCAUGGUGAGUUGACAUGUUUCAGCCUUUAUUGCGGAGCAGGAGCAGAUUUUGGAAAUGGAAAAUCGUGCCUAUGGGUAGAUGUUCUUGGUGACAAUGGCAGGGAUGUCUUGGACGAGUUCAAACCAUUUUUUCAAGACUCGUCCAUCAGAAAAGUUUGGCACAACUACAGCUUUGAUAGCCACAUUAUCGGGAAUUAUGGAAUCAAACUAUCUGGUUUUCAUGCGGAUACAAUGCACAUGGCACGCUUGUGGGAUUCAUCAAGACGGACAGAGGGUGGAUAUUCACUCGAGGCACUUACAAGUGAUCCGAAAGUUCUUCAGGGCGCUGUGAAGGGGGAGGAAGCCGAACUGCUCGGUAAAAUAUCGAUGAAAACUAUUUUUGGAAAGAGAAAACUGAAAAAGGAUGGAUCUGAAGGGAAAAUGGUCAUCAUUCCUCCAGUUGAAGAGCUACAACGAGAAGACCGAGAGGCUUGGGUUUCAUACUCCGCAUUAGAUGCAAUAAGCACACUUAAGCUUUACGAGAGCUUGAAAAACCAACUGCAAGGGAAGCAAUGGUUCCUCGACGGGAAACUAAUACCGGGGAAGUCGAUGCUCGACUUUUACCAAGAAUUUUGGAGACCUUUCGGUGAACUUCUGGUCAAAAUGGAAGCAGAAGGGAUGCUUGUAGACAGGGAAUAUCUAGCGGUGAUGGAAAAAGUGGCAAAGGCGGAACAAGAAACUGCGGUGGGUAGAUUCCGCAAUUGGGCCUCUAAGCAUUGUCCUGAUGCAAAGUAUAUGAAUGUUGGCAGCGAUACGCAGUUGCGCCAAAUCUUCUUCGGAGGCAUUUCUAACGUUAAGGACCAUAACGAAGCGCUGCCAGUUGAAAAACUUUUCAAGAUCCCCAAUGUUGAUAAAAUAAUCGAAGAAGGCAAAAAAGCGCCAACGAAGUUCCGCAAUAUAAAGCUUCACAGGAUCAGUGAUAGACCGUUGCCCACCGAAAUGUUUACGGCUACUGGUUGGCCAUCGGUUAGUGGGGAUGCUUUGAAAGCCUUAGCAGGGAAAGUCUCUGCGGAAUACGAUUUUGUGGAUGAUGUUUCGGGUACAUCUCUAGACGAAAACGAUGAAAAUGAUGAUACUACAGAGCUACGUAAUGAAACUUCAGUAACACAAAAGUCGAAUAUGUCAAAUGAAACCGACACAUCGGCUUAUGGGACGGCGUUUGCGGCUUUCGGGGGAGGCGAAAGGGGAAAGGAAGCAUGCCAUGCCAUUGCUUCGUUAUGUGAAGUUUGUUCCAUUGAUUCAUUGAUCUCAAAUUUCAUUCUCCCGCUACAGGGAAGUAAUGUAUCGGGCAAGGAUGGUCGUGUCCACUGUUCCCUGAAUAUCAACACAGAGACGGGACGCUUAUCGGCAAGAAGGCCGAAUUUGCAGAAUCAACCCGCUUUAGAGAAGGACCGGUACAAGAUCCGUCAGGCCUUCAUAGCUUCACCCGGAAACUCGCUUAUCGUCGCUGAUUAUGGGCAGUUGGAACUUCGGAUUUUAGCACAUCUUGCUGGUUGCAAAAGUAUGAUGGAAGCUUUCGAAGCCGGCGGAGAUUUUCACUCGAGAACAGCCAUGAAUAUGUAUCCGCACAUCCGUGAGGCUGUGGAAAACGGGCAAGUUAUCCUCGAAUGGCAUCCCCAACCUGGUGAAGACAAGCCUCCCGUGCCAUUGUUGAAGGAUGCCUUUGGCGCGGAGCGAAGAAAAGCUAAGAUGCUCAACUUCUCUAUUGCAUACGGGAAGACGGCAAUGGGCCUCUCUAGAGAUUGGAAGGUUUCUGUGGAAGAAGCUCAGGAGACGGUUAACCUGUGGUAUAACGACAGACAAGAAGUUCGGAAAUGGCAGGAAAAGCGAAAGAAAGAAGCUAUCGAUGACGGGUAUGUACUCACAUUGUUGGGAAGGGCUCGUAAAUUCCCUACAUAUCGAUCGCGCGCUCAAAGGAAUCAUAUUGAGCGGGCAGCGAUCAACACACCCGUGCAGGGAAGUGCGGCCGAUGUCGCCAUGUGUGCAAUGCUGGAAAUAUCGAAGAAUCAACGUUUGAAAGAACUCGGCUGGAGGCUGCUUCUACAGGUUCAUGAUGAAGUAAUCUUGGAAGGACCGAGCGAAUCAGCAGAGAUUGCGAAGGACAUAGUUGUGGACUGUAUGUCGAAACCCUUCAACGGGAAGAACAUUCUGGACGUCGAGUUAUCCGUCGAUGCUAAGUGCGCUUGGAACUGGUACGCUGCAAAAUAAGCAGAGGGGUACAGAACUAUAGUCCGUAUGGAAGUUUUCCCACUCGGGUUUUUGGUAGAAACCUGCGUUUUCUGCGAUGAGUUUGGGGCGAUGUCGAGAACUGCGUUUCAAACCGCGAGUCCUGCGUUUCGGUUACCGACCCCCUUCGGCUCGUAGGCAUGUAGAAAUCUUCUCCUGCUCUUCAGCUUUUGCUUUGUUUAACCUCUUUCUUACAAGAAUUUGUUGAAACUGAGCUGUAUAAAAUGAAUCUCUCAACCUUAGCUUCUCACCGUGCUGUAAAAUCGACAUUGUAACUCGCAAAUGUGUGAAAGAAACUGGUUUUCUUUA